UACUUGUUUGAACAGUUGUAGUUUUAGGUUAAAAUUUAUUUAAUGUUCCCUUUCUUCUGUCUGCCUCUGCCAGAAUACGCUACUUGAAUUUCCCUGGGCUGCCACAGGAGAAAAAUUGAAAUUCAAAGCACAGAUUCCGCCAGUACUUUCAGCAAGUUCAUAAAAUUACUCAUAUGAAUAUUCCCUUGACUCAAAGGCAACUGCUUGCAGUCCUUAAACCUGUCUGGGACUAUCUGAAGUAUUGGGAGCCAAAGCAAAUGGCCGACGAGAGCAACAGCACUGGGAGGAGGAGCUCUUCCAGCAGGGAGUGUUUGAAGAGGAGCCCACGGAGCCCAAAAGCAGAGGGCUCCGAUUCGGUGACAUCUCAGUCCUCACCCAGUGAAGAGGCUGGAAUGAUGACUGAGGUGAAGGUGAAAACAGAGGUACCAGAUGACUACAUUGAAGAGGUGAUCUGGCAGGAUGACGCCAAAGAUUCGAAGAAGAACAUAAAAGAUGGGCCAGGAGACGUGCCAGCAGAGAUCUGCGUGGUGAUCGGUGGGGUUCGCAACCAGCAGACGCUCGGAUCUUAUGAGUGUGGAAUAUGUGGGAAGAAAUACAAGUAUUACAACUGUUUCCAGACGCAUGUGCGAGCGCAUAGAGACACUGAAGCUGCCUCAGGUGAAGGAGCCUCACAAGGCAACAACUUUAGGUACACGUGUGACAUUUGCGGGAAAAAAUAUAAAUAUUAUAGCUGCUUCCAAGAGCACAGAGACCUGCAUGCCGUGGAUGUUUUUAGUGUGGAAGGUGCCCCAGAAAACCGGGCAGACCCCUAUGACCAGGCCGUCAUAGCAGCAGAUGAAGUGAAGGAGGAGGAGCCGGAACCGUUCCAGAAGAUUGGUCCAAAAACUGGCAAUUACACUUGUGAAUUCUGUGGCAAGCAGUACAAAUACUACACUCCAUACCAAGAACACGUGGCGCUGCAUGCACCUAUUAAGUUCUCUCGAUCUCCACUCUUCGUGGCAGUGAAGACACAGGGGAGCCAAUCCAGCAAAAAAACACCGUCUUCAAUAAACCGAUGUUCUACCCUCCUGCACCGCACCCCCUCCGGUGUCCCACCGGCAUCCCAAUCCCAGAUGUUCCGCGCUCCAAAUUCUGGAUCCCCAGGAAGCAAGGCCAUCACAGCAGAAAGUGCUUUCAGCAGGAGGGUGGAAGGCAAAGCGCAAAACAACUUUGAAGAAACAAACAGCAAUUCUCAGAACUCCAGCGCUGUUCAUUCGGGGACAGAAAAACCUAAAGAAAAGAGAUGUAAGCAGAAUCCAUCAGAGCCUUACACCUGUGGAGCUUGUGGAAUCCAGUUCCAGUUUUAUAACAAUCUCCUGGAGCACAUGCAGUCCCAUGCAGCUGACAACGAGAACAAUAUUGCCUCUAGCCAGCCCAGAUCACCUCUAGCUGUUGUUGAAGAAAAGUGGAAACCACAGCUCCAAAGAAAUAACGCCAACAAUACAUCUGCAAGUGGUUCAGUAGGGAACAGCGCGAUCCCGGAGAAGGAGCGGCAGAACAUUGCCGAGAGGCUUCUGAGGGUGAUGUGCACUGACCUUGGGGCUCUGAGCGUGGUGAGUGGGAAGGAGUUCAUCAAGCUAGCACAGACCCUGGUGGACAGUGGAGCUCGCUAUGGUGCCUUCUCAGUCACCGAAAUUCUUGGCAAUUUCAACACACUGGCUUUGAAGCAUUUGCCUCGGAUGUACAACCAAGUGAAGGUAAAAGUCACCUGCGCCCUGGGCAGCAAUGCCUGCCUAGGCAUCGGUGUCACUUGCCACUCACAGAGCAUUGGCCCUGAUUCUUGCUACAUCCUGACAGCUUAUCAGGUGGAAGGCAACCACAUCAAGAGUUAUGUCCUGGGAAUUAAGGGUGUAGAUAUUCGAGAUAAUGGUGAUUUUAUCCACCACUGGGUACAGAACGUGCUCUCAGAGUUUGUGAUGUCGGAGAUCAGGACGGUGUACGUCACAGACUGCAAAGUCAAUUCCUCUGCGUUCUCCAAGGCAGGCAUGUGCUUGCGUUGUUCAGCCUGUGCCUUGAACUCAGUAGUGCAGAGUGUGCUGAAUAAGCGAACACUACAGGCUCGCAAUAUGCACGAAGUGAUCGAGCUCCUGAAUGUCUGUGAAGAUUUGGCAGGAUCCACGGGCCUCUCAAAGGAGACCUUUGGCUCCCUGGAGGAGACCUCUCCCCCGCCCUGCUGGAACUCAGUCACUGACUCCCUCCUGCUUGUCCACGAGCGCUACGAGCAGAUCUGCGAGUUCUACAGUAGGGCCAAGAAGAUGAACCUCAUCCAAAACCUGAACAAACACCUGCUCAGCAACCUGGCGGCCAUUUUGGCGCCGGUGAAGCAGGCGGUAAUUGAGUUGAGCAACGAGAGCCGGCCUACCUUGCAGCUGGUACUGCCCACCUACGUCAAACUGGAGAAACUGUUCACUUCCAAAGCUAACGAUGCUGGCGUAGUCAGCAAACUCUGCCACCUCUUCUUGGAGGCGCUGAAGGAGAACUUCAAAGUUCAUUCAGCACACAAGGUAGCCAUGAUCUUAGACCCUCAGCAGAAGCUGCGGCCUGUCCCACCAUACCAGCACGAAGAGAUCAUUGGCAAGGUGUGUGAGUUGAUUAAUGAGGUGAAAGAGUCCUGGGCAGAAGAAACAGAAUUUGAACCUUCAACCAAGAAGCCCCGGGCAGCAGGGGAAGCCACAGCAGCUCAGGAAGAAGAUUGGUUCGGGAAAAAUGAAGUCUAUGAUUAUUUGCAAGAACCUCUCUUCCAGGCUACCCCUGACCUGUUUCAGUACUGGUCGUGUGUUACCCAAAAGCAUACAAAACUAGCCAAGCUAGCCUUUUGGCUCUUAGCAGUGCCUGCUGUUGGUGCCAGAAGCGAAUGUGUAAAUAUGUGUGAGCAGGCUCUCUUAAUCAAAAGGAGACGGCUACUCAGUCCAGAAGACAUGAACAAACUCAUGUUUUUGAAGUCCAACAUGCUUUAAGACUGUCUUUUAAUUAAAACAAAACUUUAAAACACUGUUCCAAACAAAGAAAAAGAAUUUUAAGUUCUAAACACUGUGGACCUCAUUAUGAAUGCCCCUGGAAACCAAGUGCUUUUUUAUAUAUAUAUAAAAAUAUAAAUAUAUAUAAAAUUAAGUUUGAGAGGAAAGCUGAGCACGUGAGAGAGACAGCCCUCUGCCAGGAACGUGCUCCUUUCCAUAGAUAGUGUGUGGACUUGACAGACUUUCUAAUGUUUUCAAGUGGGCAGACCAAUGGGAGGCUGAUGUUCUAAAGUCUUCAGGCAGCUGAGAUCUAAAGUGACUUGAAGUUUCUUUUGUUUCUCCUCCACCCCACCUUUCCUCUUGUCCCCUGGGCCAUCUUGCCAUGGAUAAUCAGACUACAUUGAACAGACCAGUUCUUCACUGGACUUUGCUCCUUUGAAUAACUGUACACCUUGAGGGCAUUUGUCUGCAGCCUUCUUGACAUACGGUGCAUGUUAUCAGGGCAGCUGUGUUUUAUGAACACCAGUAUCUUUAGAAAUCAGGAAGGGAGAUUCUAAGAUUGUUUUUAUUAUUAUUUUUAUUUUAACUUUUUCAUAUAGGGUUUUUCCAAAAAAAAGCAAAAGUUACUCUUCUGUCUCCACUCCCAGUUUUGAGUUUAACUUGUUAGCUAGUGAUUAUAAGUUUGAUUUAAAACUAAGAGAAAUGAUUCAUGGCAGAAAACGUCUGUAAUUGUUAUGUUUCUUGGAUUUAUUUUUUUUUACAGCAUACCUUUUCUGAAUUCCCAGUGUAAAUUAGCUUCCCUGUGAAUUCUGUACAUCAGGGGUUCUCAAAUUUGUUUGCAGAUAGCCCAUUUAUGAUUAAAUAAUAUCCUUAUGGAAGCCACAGCUGUUGCUUAUAUGGAAAAGCUAGAAACCAGGACAAGCGAGCAGGCGGUUACAACACGUCUUUGGCCAUCAGCAAGCUUGCCAGCGUCUGCCAGCUGCCAUUGAGAACCCUUGUACCUAAACUUUUUGUAAACCUUCCCAGCUCAAAAUAGGCUUCACAAGGCCAAGGACAAACCAAGGUGUAUGAUUUUUCAGGGGAACAAAGAUCAUCAGUUCUGUCAAACUAGGGUUUGAAGGAAGCUUAGAGAAGCGCAUGGGCUCAAAGAUCCUUCUGAAUGUAAGUGCUCCUGAUUGAGUGCGAUGAAUAUCUUCCUGUUUUAUUUGGAAUGGUUUCCUCUAGUAGCACGAAUGUCUCUUAAUACCUACAGUGCAUUACACUACUUGUUUUGUUGUUGAAUCGUUCUGGCUAGGAAGGCCAUCGGCCCUUAAAUGUUCACACUUACUGGCUCACCCCAAAUGCAAUUAGAGACCAUCGUAACGCAGAAACAUCUCAGUCACUGCUGUCCACCAAGGCCAGUGCUCUGCUGUGUCCAAUUCCCAUAGGCACAGCUCAUGGGCUGCUAGACAGGAUCUCUGCAAGCUGUCAGAGUUGGUGCCUCUUGGAUAAUUCCUGACUUCUGGUGCCAAAUUGUUAAUUUUUCAUCACUGGGACUUGUAUCCCAGAGGCAAAUUGAAACAAAUUCUUAUUUUUGAAGCAUUCUCUCCUGCUUCCAGUAGUGUCCUCAGGAGCUGCAGCCGCAGUGGCAACAGAGCAGCAGCAGUGGUAUGGGAGGACGGAUGGGGCAGGGUCCAGGGACAGGCUGGAGGCUGUGCCCUCAAGCUGCGCAGCGGUGUUUCUGGUUGCUGGUGAUGCAGUGGUAAAAUCAGGGGCCCUUUUUGGAAUGCUGCUGUUGAACAGACAUUCAACCAAGAUCCCACUUGCCCAUCUCUGGUUGAAUGAGAAGUUGCAUAUCACAGGACAUGAGAAAAUGCAGGGCCUGUCAGCUAGCUCGCAGCUCAGCCCACCCGGCCUCAGGUUUUGUGUUCAGGCAUGGAACCCAGGCACUAAUGGACAGCUUCACUGCCACGGGGCUCAGACAGGGAACAGUUUGCAUGCUAGAGACUUUCCAUAGAUCAAGGUCACUGGCGAUGGCUCUUUGUACCCAAGUGUCUUGCCCCAGGAUGACUCUUGUCCUUUUCAUCCUGGAAACAGGACUUACUGUAGCCUAAGUACAGAUCUUAGGUUGACAGCACAUCUCAGCACUGUUAGUGGCCUCAGGGCAAAACUAGUUCUCUUUUAAAUCUGAGUUCUGCAUAUGGAUAACUUAAAAGAUGUAGUCCACAACCCCACCGGCAACUGCAGAGGUAGCAGCAGGUGAAGAUGAGCAGCCAAGGCGGAGGUACUUGGAGAUCUGAUUUCUCUGGCAAUGGCUUUUAUAAACAGGUGCAGGUCACAGGGCCAACAUUUCUUCUUUCUGGUUUUAUUUUCCCCCAGACAAAUCCAGUGUCUGGGCCUACAGUAACAUAUCUAUUUGCGCUUGCAGUGCAGGAGGAGUCUGUAACAAACAAAAACGAAGUCUCAGACUAAAACCAAACAAAAAUAAAUAAUUCAGCAGGUGCAAAGUGUGCCAAUUAUGAAGUAUUUGUGCCGUGCUGCAGGUUCCACUGAAAAACUGAUAAAGGGAUCCUGCAGCAAGAAAACUGGGCUGAAGGGACAAGUCCAAAGCAAGAUUAGCUUUUGAGGCUGCAGAGCUCAGCUGACAGGCAGAAGUGGGACAGGACUUGUACUGCUUUUUCCAAAUGGUGUGCUACACCUUUUUGCCUGGUUUGCCUGAGACUUUUAAGAGCUUCUCACAGGCUCUUCAGCACUCAGGCAAAGGUGCAACAGCUUCUUGUUCCUUUCAGAGAGUUCCAAACCCAGCACUUCUUUGCUGUGGGACAGGUUGGUAACUGCUGUGGGAUCUGCCAACUCAGGCUCGUUGUGUCUGUCUGCCAGGCAUUAGGAUAGGGAAGUGGACCAACAAGAACUUACCACAGGUUUAAAGCCCCAGAACUGAGGUAAAAUUGCAGUCAUUUGUGCAAACAUUUAAUGCCAGGCUGUCCAGCAGUGAGCUGGACCAGGGCUGCACAACCAGGGCAUGCGGGUGGAGAGGCCACCACCACCCGUAGCUCCUCUUCUCCUUUCUACAGUCUGGAUGUGGCAUCAGAUCUGGAGCUUUUCUGCUGUGGUGACCGAAGAGGGACUGAUGGGCCCUCUCCCCAGUUAGUAGCAGCCAAAUCCACAGUUAUCACUGCACUAAUGCCAAGAUGGAUCUAAGCAAACAUACAGCAAUGUCUGGCAGAUUAGAUUCUUCCAAAGACUUAAAAAACUCAACUAGUAGCUGAAAAAAAAAAGCAAAACAAAAUCUAAUGGAGCAAUCUGGAAAGUCUGGGUGAGAAGAGAAGCUGGUUGGCCAGCCCUUCUCCAGCAGGUCAGUGGAAGAGGCCACAGCUUUUCAUGAGACUUCAGGAGGUCACAGGGUAUUCUGCUCAGAGGAGUGCUGUGCCUGCCCAUGGGCUGACUUGUGUCUGAUGUUCCUUUGCCUCUUUGAAAGGAGAGAAGCACAUCUGUAGCAUGUGGAUUUACUCUAAAUGCCAAGGUUUUGCUCCUAUUUCUCCUUCCCUCCUUAGGACUCAGAUGUGCAUUCUAGGGAGUGUAGAUACAUUACCAGGGUCUGAAUUUUGGAAGCUCUUAUUUGCCAGGUUAUUGGCAUCAGCUCAAUGGUAGCUCUCUGUAUAGGGCAGCAGUUGUGCUCUGAGGAGUCCUGCCCGUCCUGUGCUGGGAGGCAGGAGGAAAGAGGCCCUCUUGGGUUUGGCCAGAGCUGUCGUGAGGUUCUGCUCCCCAUGGGCUGGGAAAAGUCCUCACAGUCGGGAUCAUCUUGUGGUAGGUCAUGCUGGGAAUUGUCUUCUUCUUCUUCUGUUUCCUAUACUUGCACUUGAGAAAGAUGUUUGGAGGGAAAGAAAAAAAAAAAAAAAAGGUGUAAGUGUCCUCUGGACAUUCAUUUGUUUCUGCUGCUUGCUCUGAGCCUGACCUUGCAGGCUGCUCUCUCAGACUUACACUUUGCUCUGGGAGUGGUUGCGUCUGCAGGUGGGGAGCGGGCACCAACAGAAGGUGAACUGUAAAGAAUGAAGGGCAUUCCAGUCCUGUCCGAAGAUUCGUGUUAAAACAAAACUGAGGAAGGGUACAGAGGCAGAGCUCUUCACAACAGAAGGUUGCUUCUUUGUGAGUACAGCAGUCAGGGUCAGUGGAGAUCGAGGAGCCCAGAUCUGUCUCUGUCUCUUUCCCUGUCUCUAGCAGUAGAUGGUAGUUGUGUUCUGGCUUGCAAGAUGGCUCGGUGUCUUGUGCCUGGGUCCAUUGCAGAUGAAAGUAAACUUUUCUUUUUGUCAAAGUUUUGCCUGCUCAAAGAAACCUGAUUUGGUUGGUUUUGAAUUAGUGCAAUCUGGAAAACAUGUUGUGAAAGCCAACAGUAGGCUCAGGUUUUGCUUAAUUUAGACUUCUGUUGUUGCUGGGUAAAACAGUCUAACUUUGAGAUAAAUUGGUUUAAGCAUCCCUAAGAACCGCCUGCACUGGUUUAACUGUGCUUGCUGGGUGUUCUCCCCUGCUGAUCAGAGAAUACAUCCAGAAGCAUCUCAGGGAGUCAUGACCCUUAUGUGAAUUCUGCCCGUGAAGGUGUGGCAGAUAUGUUCAAAGCUCGGGAAUCACUGAAAACAGAGGGGAGACACUUCGGAAAGCUGUUGAGCUCUGAAUUGAGGUAUCUGGGUUAUUACAGGAUUCAGUGAGAUGUCUCAGGUUGGGUGGUUUGCUUUUCUCCAGCUGCUUGCAAUAACACAGAAGGUUUAGCGUGAGAAGAAAUUCCUACAUGUGUUUAUGUUGGUGGGUGACUGCUCAGCCUUACCCAGGGAAAGGGAUCAUUUCCACCUCGCAGGUCCCGCAGCAGGCGAGCCCAGACGCUGUGUUGCUGUGAUGAGACAUUGUGCUGCUCAGAGAGCACUGCACGUGUUCUAGGCAGCACCUAGUUAGCGGUUAAUCAAAAGGCAGUAAAAGAGCAGCCAAAAGUUGAUGAGAGGCUGGAAGUGCUGCUUAUGCUGAGGAAAGACUCAGAUCUCUAAUUGCAUCCUGCCUAAGGGAGGGGAGAGAAGCUCCUGUGAGCUUUCACAGGGAACAAGUUGUUCCCUAUGGAAUAAUUGGGAGUAUUGGGAUAAAAGCGAACAACAACAUCAACAAAAAGGACACUAAAGGCAGAUUCUGGGAAACAUUUUUAUUGAGGAGAAUUCUGUGAUCUGGGAGGAGUCUGUAACAGGAAUGUGUCCUGAGCCCUGUCAUGAAAAAGGAGAUUGCACAGCUGUGUGCUCCGUGAGGCUGCUUAGGACCUGACCGGGAGGAAAGAGCCUGGGUGCAGAGGUCAGAGUUGCUGGUGGGGCUUGAGGCCCAUCCUGCCCAACAGCCGACAGGUCCAGAAGGGCUCGGAGAGCAUCUUCUCCCACGUCCUCCCACUCACCUCCGACGCUGCGCCAUCCACCUGUCCCUGCAGGAGGGAGGGAGCUGGCCGGCGGGGCAGAGGAGGUGACACCACUUUCGGGGGGGAAAAUGUCUCAUUACCCCUCCUAAUGCCAAGGUAAAAGAAUCGGGCAGGGGAGAGUAUUAAAUGUUUUGCUGCUUCUACUGUGCAUUUUCUGUGCAUUUCAGUUGGGAAUGUCCAGAAACAUCAGCUGAGACUCGAGGUGCUUUGUCAGAUACUUCUGAAGAUGUCACCCUGUAGCAAUAAGAGCUCACUUUUCCCAGCGCGUGGGACCUGUCCCCAUGCCACAGGUUGUCAUCGUCCUGGGCUCCAGGAAAUGUCACUGAACCAACCAAACAAUAACACACGGAGAGGUAAAACCAAGCACAGCUCCAAGUUGAAUGCCUCAUUAGUACUGUGGGAUCGUUUGCUUAUGCUAGGCCAGAAAUGGUAAACCAAUGAGAGUGUAUUGCCCUGAAAUUUAAUUUUAUAUAUUGAAUGUUUGGGGAAUGUCUGUUUAAUUAUUUGUUUUUGUUUGGCUGGUUAGUUGGGUUUUCUACUGCUCCUGUUGGAGUCCUUUCUUUUUAACUUGACAGAAAAGUUUUGCUCACGUUAGACAACGGUGUAUCCAGUAUCCCCUUUAGGGUUUAAUGUAGGCAGCUGAGUUUGAUUUUUUUUUAGAAUAGCUUCUGAAAUGAGUCACAUAAAUGGCUCAUUCAUGCACAACACCAACCACUGACUGAAAGGAUUUUAUUUUUUGCCAUCAUUUUAGCAUCAUUGGCAGUGGUCAGUGUGUCUUGGUACCUGGGUGAGCAGCGCAGCCUUAACAACAGGAAUAUUUUGCAGUGGAGUUGAUGAGUACAGGCAUGUCAAACCCUUGCUUUUUACAACCAAAGUUCCUUAAAAAGACACUUCCAGCCUCAUCAGCCUUGAAUGCUUGUUUUCAGUCUUCUAGGGGUUCUUGUGGCGGUCUCUGCAACGUGUGUGGAUAGGAUGGUUUUCUUUCCGCUGGGCUGGGGAGGGGUGGGAAGAGGCAUUUAUUUUUUUCUUUCUAUCUGUGGAGAAUGACCUUUCCGCUCAAAGGAGGUGUGUAUUCUGGAAGGAGAAGCAGUCUAAGGAGCUGCUUUCCAUGGUCCCUUACAACUUACUGGGAAUAUUUAAAAUAUAUAUAUAUAUAUUUAAAAGGAAAACUGAUAAUGGAUGAGCUGAAAUACUCGUGACAGGUGGCUAGCCAAGGCUGUAAGUCCAGGAGGAACACACAUCGUCCAGACCUGAGGAUUCUGGUUCGCUGUAGCUAGAAAGUGUCAUGCCGACAAACUAAACUAUCAGGAAAUCCUUGUUUGCAGCCAGUCUGAAAAGAGAAGCUGUUCCUCGUUCGUGUGUUUCUUUUUUGGAAACCUCCUGCUGGGAGCUGAAUUCUUGUUGUUUCAUCAAGAAAACAAUUAAUGUUCUCCUUUCCCUCCUCACCCUCCCUCCCCUCAGUAACUUGUGUGCAUUUCCUUCUUUUCUGUAGAUGCAGAUGUUCUAGGCAAUACCACAGAUGCACCUGCGUGUGUCUCUACCUGCGAGUGCAAGAAUCUCAUGUCAUCUUAAAAAAUACAAAAAAAUAUACAAAAAAUAUACAAAAAAUAUCUUUUUUAGGCCAGAGUUUUCUACAGGUAUUAAUGAAUAUUUUUCUUAAUCCUUAUAAGUUUUAUGUGUUUAAUAUUUCUUAAUACCGGUAGCAUUAAUUUAUACUUUUGUAGCAACACAAUAUUUUUAUAAACCGCCACCGCUGGCUUUGUCUUCAUAAUGGGGAAAUGUGCGGGCAGCUGGCCCUGCACUGUACCAUGUACUGUAUUUAAAAGGUUAUCUAAUGUCACACUUGCUGUGUUAAUAAACAAAACAAAACCUGUUUGAAGUCUCAUGUAUUGUUGGUGUGGAUCGAAUGACUCAAUAGAGAGCAAUAUUGCACGGGGUUGAGUUGCUGAUUUUCAUUGUGAUAUAUGAACGCUUGAGGCCAACUCAAGUUCUUCUGAUUUUUUUUCUUUUUAGAGUUUUGUUUUGUUUUGUUUUGUUUUACAGCUAAAUAAAUUCAGUGCUGUUUGAAACUUAGACUGACGUCAAAUGAAAAGGAUUAUUAAAGAAAAAAAAAAUCAAGGUGUUUAAAUGUUGCUGUUUUUACAAGUCUGUUGCUGUCUGAAUGGAAAUAUUCCACAAGAGAGAGGAAUAGUUCCACUUAGCUUCCAAACGAGCUGAGCGCUCCAGGCCAGAGCUCGGUUAUUUGGAGAUACCUUAGAGACAUGUUUCUGCAACAUUCUUUUCAGAGUUGAUGCCAAGGCAGAAGACAAACUGUAACUGUAAGAAAGCAUCCGUUGCUUGAGGAUUUUCAUGUCAGUGUUGUAUUUAUGGUUUUACAAUAAAACAACCUUUAGGAAAAA